AACAGGGCGUUUCAUGUUUCCGUUCUGUACCUUAAACCUCCGGUAGAGCCCUUUCAGCCUCUCUUCGACUAGCCUGAUCCAACAUGGGACGAGUCAGGACCAAGACGGUGAAGAAGGCCGCUCGGGUCAUCAUUGAGAAGUACUACACCCGCCUGGGCAAUGACUUCCACACCAACAAACGCGUGUGCGAGGAGAUAGCCAUCAUUCCCAGCAAGAAGCUCCGCAACAAAAUUGCUGGGUAUGUGACCCAUUUGAUGAAGCGCAUCCAGAGAGGACCUGUCAGAGGCAUUUCCAUCAAGCUGCAGGAGGAAGAGAGAGAAAGGAGGGAUAACUAUGUCCCAGAGGUUUCUGCCCUGGACCAGGAGAUCAUUGAGGUGGAUCCUGACACCAAGGAAAUGCUCAAGCUUCUGGAUUUUGGCAGUCUGUCCAACCUGCAGGUCACCCAACCAACAGUCGGCAUGAACUUCAAGACUCCACGAGGAGUCUAGAUGUUUGUAAUAUAUCUGGUAAUAAAACUGCUGAAAACUUGAA